AUGUCAGCUAUUCCGACUCUCGUCGAAAGAGAUAAGGAGUACUAUGCACUUGACUUCGGCAGUAAUCUUCCUCCCGGGACGGACACGGCGGAUCAGCUUGACAACAAUCAGAGACAGCCGAGACCCCCAACUCAAUCUCAGAGACCCGUGCCAGAGUGGCCUCCUGAGGAGAAGAGGAAAGGGAAAUGGAUUUCAGCGUAUCUUGACACACUUGACCCCGAGACUGAGUAUGACCAAAUCAUCAAAACCGCGAACUUCUUCUCUGGCAAUACAUUUGCUGUUGCAAUGGGAUACUGCUCCACGUUUGUGAUGCUGACGCAGCCCCCGGGGGGUGCUGCGGCGAUUCAUUUUGGGGCCAGAGCAUUCAAGCGUCCCCACCAACGGUUUUACGAGACAGCAGACCAGCUCCUAGAUUGGAUGUGGCACGGCAGUGCGUCCGAGGAGACAAAACGAGGAAUCGAGGCUGUGAACAGACUACACAAAACCAUCUGGAAGAACACCCCGGGAGCCUUCAGCAACCCUCCCGAAGGACAGAUGUCCGUGAUUGGGUCGGCGGUGUUCGAGACGUAUUUGCGGAAGCUUGUCGGGGCGAAGAAUCAGAAGUCUCAUCCUCACGUCGCAGCUGCGUGGCCUGCAUGGGCAGAAAGGGUUUUGGCGCAAUUUCGAACGGAGCCGGCGGACGGGAGUCGUAGCUUUGGAGUCAACUUUCCACGAACAUGGGACGAACUCGAAGCCUUUUAUCGCUGGUUUCAGGACUUGCCCUUCGACAAAUGGACGAAUUCGGAAGAUAGGGAGAAGGGCCGCGCCAUCGCUGAGGCUUUCAUAACCCAGUUCAGCACGCUGUGGUUUCCCAAACAUCUUCACUGGUUUGGCCGCCAGAUGCUGCUGACAGUUCUUGCUCCCAAAGUCCGUGAACAGCAACAGAUCGGUCACCCAAACCCUGUGCUUGAACGAUUGAUCAAGCUUGGGUUGAAGAUACAAUUUGAUUUAAUUGACAUAAUGCCAGACCCGGUCAAGCCAAUGCUCUUUGAGGAGUACCAGGCCGUUAAGAAGUGGGGUUGGGGGCAAAUAGAUGCCGACGUCACUCGGCAAUGGGAGCGCAAGGGUCGGGUAACCGAUUUCUUUCUAGUAGUGGUUGUAACUUUGUGGGCUGUUAUGUUUCUCUGGUACAAGUAA